GGGCCAGCAAUUACAAUUAACCCUUACGUGUACACACACAACAAUAGACGUGAAGAACGAUAAAGGAAGACAAACCAGUGAGUGGAUGUGGUCGAUAAACAAACCAAUUCACAAUUCACAAUUCAAUUCAAUUCCACGAAUUCAUUCACACAAACCCAUCUUCUUCUUCUUCUUCUUCUUCUUCUUCAUCCUCCAAAUUUCAAUUCAAUUCAAUCACUGUUUGUUACUAUCAUCUUCUUCUGAAUUCUGAAUCCUGAAUUGUCGGUGCUAAGGGUUUUCACUUCAGAUUUCACCUAAUCGAACCAAAAAUGUCUGAUAUAGCAGAUAAACUCGCAUACUUUCAAGCAAUCACCGGUUUACAAGAUCCCGACCUCUGUAACGAGAUCCUCGCCGCUCAUAAUUGGGACCUCGAACUCGCCAUCUCAUCUUUCACCACAACCGACACUCCUCACGGCGGCGAUAACGACAACGCCGAUCAAAACACUCAUCUUCUAUCACAAUCACAAUCAUCAUCCCAAUCAGAACCACCACUCCCUCCACCACCACCCGGAUUAGCCUGGAAGCUUAUCAAAUUACCCGUCUCCGUAAUUUCCGGUAGUCUAGGGUUAAUCUCAGGAGCAAUCGGUUUCGGAUUAUGGGCUGCUGGUGGUGUACUUUCCUAUUCCCUCGGCUUCGUAGGUCUGGGCCCGGGAUCAUCCUCAGCCGCGGCUUCCUCUGCUGGCACGCCGUUGGUUUCUGUAUCUGCUGCGACAACUGAAGCCAUGCAAUUUGUUGCGGCUUUUGAGAGGGAUUACGGUGGUGGCGCCUUUAAGCCGAAUUUUGUGAGUGAGGGUUUCAUGGAUGCGUUACAGAGGUCGAGGAAUUCGUUUAAGCUGUUGUUUGUUUACUUGCAUUCUCCUGAUCAUCCUGAUACGCCAGAGUUUUGUAGAAGGACGCUUUGUUCCGAGGUUUUUGUUGAGUUUGUGAAUCAGAAUUUUGUGUGUUGGGGUGGGAGUAUUCGUGCUAGUGAAGGGUUUAAGAUGAGUAAUAGUUUGAAGGCUUCGAGGUUUCCAUUUUGUGCUCUUGUUAUGGCUGCGACUAAUCAGAGAAUCGCGCUACUUCAACAGGUUGAAGGUCCAAAAUCCCCCGAGGAGAUGUUAGUGACACUUCAGAGAGUGCUUGAAGAAAGUUCCCCUGUUCUUGUUGCAGCAAGGCUUGAUGCAGAAGAAAGACGAACUAAUGCACGCUUAAGGGAAGAGCAAGAUGCUGCAUACAGGGCUGCACUAGAAGCUGAUCAAGCUAGGGAACGACAGAGAAGAGAAGAGGAAGAACGUCUUGCAAGGGAAGCUGUUGAAGCUGAGAGAAAGCUCAAGGAAGAAGAGGAGGCUCGUGAAAGAGCAGCGCAGGAAGCUGCAGAGAAACAAGCAGCAUUAGCUAAAUUACGUGAAGAGAAAGCUCAAUCUCUCGGUGAAGAACCUGAAAAAGGACCUAAUGUUACACAGGUGUUGGUACGGUUUCCAAAUGGUGUGCGAAAAGAAAGGAGGUUCAACAGCACAGUGACAAUUCAAUCUUUGUAUGACUAUGUUGAUUCAUUGGGUUGUUUAGAAGUUGAGAAUUACAGCCUAGUCUCUAACUUCCCUCGGGUUGUUUAUGGACAAGAAAAAUUGGCACUCUCACUAAAGGAAGCUGGAUUGCAUCCUCAGGCCAGUCUAUUUGUGGAGCUCGGUUCAUGAGGAUAGAACUUGCCAAAUAAUCUUAUGAAUACAUAAAGAUGUGACCUGCAGAUAGGGGGGACAACGGUGUUUCACUUCUCUGUUUUAAAAAUAUUGACUUGAUGAACUUAUAUCGUUAGAUAUUAUAGAUAAUAGUUUGCUGUGGUUAUUGUAGUUUUUUUAUUUCUUUUAUUUUCCAUUGAAUCAAGCAUAUAGCUUUACAUGGAGAUGAUUUAGUAUAAUGAUAUAUAUUAUACUCUGUUUCCGGUUAAAAAUGUUUCCAGAUCUUUA